CAUUGGACACAGAACGUGGACCCAAAGAAAAGAUUAGUGAUCAGCAUAAGCCUGCUGGUGAUGUCAUGUACAGGACUCUAUAUAGAUUCGUUGGGUGAUGACAACCCAUUCAAGAGGACAUUCGACCGCAAAGACGUCACUUAUAGAACUAUUGAUUACAGGAAACCUGCUGGACAAAGAGUGACUGUUGUACGCAAUGGUGUCAUCAUUGAAGGUGGACCUGACAACAUCAAAGCAGUAUCACCAAGCGAGCAAACAACUUUCAACGCUGAACAACAACAAGACAAUCAAACACAAGCU